AUGGCACAGAAGACUCACAUAGGCUGGAUCCUAUGUGGGCCGUACUCAACCCAGACCGAAGUCAACCGUACUUAUUGUGUCCACCGCGUCAGCUUCCAAGAACAAAAUGAAACUGAGAUGGCAACCCGUUAUUGGGACCUUGAACACCUGGGCAUUCGUCCUAAUGAGAGUAAGAACUCGACUGAACUUGAGACUUCGGCCUUGGAGCAACACCGAAUGAUGACAACACGAGUAGGAGACCAUUAUGUGACUGGAUUACCACGUCAUCCAAGUUACAAGGAUAGGAUCCUCAAAAGCAACAGAGCCUUAGCUACAAAUCGUCUAAUAGGACUCGAGAAGAGACUGAAGAGAGACCCCAGAUUAGCAUCCGAGUAUGAAGCUCAGAUUCAAGACCUGCUCUCAGCUGGAAGAGCCGAAAAGGUAUUGGAGGAUAGAGAGCCUGACAAUCAUCAGGUUUGGUACCUUCCUCACCAUCCAGUCGUGCGAAGAGAUAAGACGACGACCAAAGUGCGUGUUGUUUUUGAUGGGUCCAUGAUUGGAUAUGAAGGUGUAUCGUUAAAUGAGACAUUGCUGCCAGGGCCAGCAUUGCAGCCGGAUCUCCCAGGGGUUUUGUUGCGAUUUAGACGCCACAGAGUGGCAUUAGUGGCUGACAUCGAGAAGAUGUUCCUUCAAGUAAAAAUGAGAAAAGAGGAUCAGGAUUCUCAGAGGUUCUUAUGGAGAGGUUUGGACAAGUCCAAGGAACCGGAGGUUUAUCGUUUAACAACGGUGACUUUUGGUCUCACUUCAUCACCAUUCUCAAGUAUACAGACGAUUCUUGACCACGUGAAGACAAAGAAGGAAUCAUAUCCAAAAGCUGUCGCUGAGAUCGAAGACAACAUCUUCGUUGAUGAUGUUCUUACUGGUGAGGAAUUAGUAGAAGACGCGGCAACUUUAACAACUGAUUUGAAGACUGUUUUGUAUGACGGAGGGUUUUCAUUGCGAAAAUUUAUUUCGAACAAGCCAGAGGCGCUAUCUCAUUUAGAAGAGAGAGACUUAGCUUCAUUUCACAAGGUUGCAACAUUUGCCGAGGAAAGCACAAAGACGCUGGGCGUGAAAUACUCACCACGUGAAGAUGUCCUCAUGUUUUCCUUCCUUGAGAGAAUGGACGAUAGGCCGGUGGAGACUCGUCGUUCUGUUCUACAGCAGUUACACAGAGUAUACGAUCCGUUAGGAAUGCUUUCUCCGUUCACCAUAAAGGCAAAACAGAUUUUCCAGAGAACAUGGCUGACACAAGGGACAUGGGACGACCCUUUACCCGAGGAGCUAGAUCAUGAAUGGAGGACUUGGAAGGAACAAGUUGAGAUCCUCGAUGAAAUCAAAGUUCCUCGAUGCCUCAAACCUGAAGAUUUCCAGAAUCCAAUUUACUCCCUCCAUGGUUUUGGCGAUGCGUGCGAAGCUUCCUACGGCAGUGCAAUCUAUCUCUUGGCUGAAGAUAGACCAUCUGGAAGGAAGUAUUCUACACUGCUCUUUUCAAAGACUCGUCUGUCUCCUAUUGGGAAGAGACGUAGCAUUCCCGAGCUGGAACUCAUUGCCGCGCUCAUCAAUGCUAGACUGGUGACAUACGUCAGAAAUGAACUCAAGCUGCUGAUAGAGAAGACAACCUGUUGGACUGACUCUCAGGUCGUGUUGCACUGGAUUUCAAAGCCAGCGUAUACAUGGCAAGUUUUCGGUGCUAAUCGGGUGUCAGAGAUUCAACAGCUUUUUAGACCACUGAAUUGGAGAUACGUGCCCGGCAAACUUAAUCCUGCGGACCUAUGCUCACGAGGUGUCACAGCGAGAGCAGUGGUCGACUCCGCACUGUGGUGGGAUGGACCACUGUUUCUGAGGCAAAAGGAAACGGAGUGGCCCCCAAUAAUUGUGGUCUCUAAUGAAGCCGAGAAGGCUAACGAGAAGAAGAAGACAACAAGUACCUCGUUGGCGGUUUUGCCCAGUCAAAGAAUCAAGGACUCCGAGGUAGAACAAUAUGUGGUGAAAUUUUCAGACUAUGAGAAAUUCAUCAGAGUCAUGAUGAGAUUGAGGAGUUGGAUCACACUAUACCGAAGAGACAAAGCAAACAAAGAUGUAGACACUGUCCGAGAUGAGGGGAGUGAUCGAUUGAGUGAAAGGAGGAAGGAAGAACUUCAUUGGAUACAAUGGGCCCAAGAGAAGCAUUUCCAGAAGGAGAUACAGAAGCUUAAAGCUGGAGAGAGUGUAGAGAAGACAAGUGUCAUCGUCCAAUUGAACCCAUAUUGGGAUAAGCGAUCACGAGUUAUCCGCGUAGGUGGUCGCCUCAACUAUGCCCCACUGCCAGAAGAAGUGAAGCACCCAAUCGUUCUUCCGACUCACAAUUCGUUCGUGAAGAUGCUUGUGAUGCAUUACCACAAGAUUACCUUGCAUCCUGGAGCGGCUCAGACUCUAGCAAGUCUACGAAACAGAUAUUGGAUUGUCCAUGGGAAACAAGAGGUGCGGCGGAUACUCAAUACGUGCAAAACCUGUCGAGAACCUCUCAAGAUCGACCAACGAAUGGCACCUUUGCCAGAGGAGCGUAUAUCAAUCGCACCAGCAUUCACUAAUGUCGGUGUCGAUUUUGCUGGGCCACUCUUCGUGAGGGUCACAGUUGGAGGUGAAUCAACAAGCAAAGUGUACAUUUGUCUGUUUUCCUGUAUGGUGACUAGGGCCAUACACCUUGAGCUUGUCGAAACACUGACUACUGAGCAGUUUAUGUUGGCCUUGCGGAGAAUGAUGAGCCGAAGAGGACGAUGUCGGAUGAUGCUGUCGGACAACGCUAAAACUUUUAAGAAGGCUUCAGACAUAGUCCAGAAGAUUUUCAAGAAGCAGGAUGAUGUUAGAGACAAGUUAGAACAAGAGGGCAUACGCUGGAAGUUCAUCACUGAACGUGCUCCAUGGCACGGUGGGUUUUACGAGAGAAUGGUUGGAUCGGUAAAGAGACCAUUGAAGAAGGUUCUCGGGAAAUCGAAGCUCACCCAGAUUGAGCUGAUGACUGUUUUAACGGAAGUAGAGGCAAUGGUGAACUCGCGUCCAUUGACCAUGGUGUCGAGUGAUACAGAGGAUUGGUUGCCCCUCACUCCGGGGCACCUUGCCAUAGGACGAAGCCCCCAGUCUCUUCCGGAGGUUGACAAGAUUACAGCACAGACCACACUUGGCAAGCGUUGGCGGUACCAACAGUCUCUUAUGAAGCAAUUUUGGAACAGAUGGACAACAGAGUACCUUCUCCAACUCCAGCAGAUGCGGAAGUGGACCGAUGUAAGGGACAACCUUCAAGUUGGGGACGUUGUAUUUUUGGCAGAAGAAGGGAUGCGAAAGGGAGACUGGACGUUGGCUAAAGUGGAAGAGUUGCACCCAGGCAGGGACAACUUAGUGAGGUCCGUGACAGUGAGGACAGCUGCUGGUCUGAGACGGCGACCAGUACAGAAGUUAAGGUUACUUGAACCAGUAGAUAAUCAGUAG